UAGUCGGAGUGUUUUAUUAGGUGCUCCGAUAUUUGCAGUGAACCCGGAGCGUCUUUCUCUUUUUCUUAGAAUUUUCAAUUAAUUUAAAGUCCAAUUCUCUACCUCGGUUCGAUAACAAUGGCAGGGAACUUCUGGCAGAGUUCACAUUACCUGCAGUGGGUGCUGGAUAAGCAGGACCUCCUGAAAGAGCGUCAGAAAGACCUGAAGUUCCUCACAGAGGAGGAGUACUGGAAGCUGCAGAUAUUUUUUGCCAAUGUGAUCCAGGCUUUGGGAGAGCACCUGAAACUUCGACAGCAGGUCAUCGCCACGGCAACCGUUUACUUCAAACGCUUUUAUGCCAGGUACUCUCUGAAGAGCAUCGACCCAGUGUUGAUGGCUCCUACCUGUGUGUUUCUAGCAUCUAAAGUUGAGGAAUUCGGCGUUGUUUCAAACACCCGCCUUAUUUCUGCAGCCACAUCUGUGUUGAAAACGCGAUUCUCGUACGCCUUUCCUAAGGAGUUUCCAUAUCGGAUGAACCAUAUCUUAGAAUGUGAGUUCUACCUCCUGGAGCUUAUGGAUUGCUGUCUGAUCGUGUACCAUCCCUACAGACCUUUACUGCAGUAUGUGCAGGACAUGGGGCAGGAGGACAUGCUUCUGCCACUCGCAUGGAGGAUCGUGAACGACACGUACAGAACAGACCUGUGCCUGCUCUACCCUCCCUUCAUGAUAGCUCUGGCGUGUUUGCACGUGGCGUGCGUCGUGCAGCAGAAGGACGCCCGGCAGUGGUUUGCUGAACUCUCUGUGGAUAUGGAUAAGAUCCUGGAGAUUAUUCGUGUAAUCUUGAAGCUGUAUGAUCAGUGGAAGAACUUUGAUGACCGGAAAGAAAUGCCAACCGUGCUAAACAAGGUGCCUAAACCCAAGCCACCACCCAACAGUGAGAAUGAGCAGAGCGCUAAUGGGAAUCAGAGCAGCUCGUACAGCCAAUCCUGAAGCUCCUCCUGCUGGAGCAGACAGCUACAUGGACACAGAGAGCCCCACACACACACACACACUGCAGCACAACACAGAGCUCUGCUCAAGUCAAAAUAUGUUUGUUUUACAGACUGAGGAAUAGUAGCCGUCUGGGUGAGCAGACAUGAUGCCAAGGUGUGAAGCAAAUUUUUAUUUACUGUGUGGAUGCACAGCACUGGUGUCUUUGGUCUGGCUCAUACAGCUGGUCAUUUCGGCUACACACACACACACACACACACACACCUGUGUGUUCAACUCAAUUGCUCUCUCUGAUCCUGACUUUCUUGAAGAAAAAAAAAACGUGUGUGUGUGUAAGAGUGUGUGUGUGUGUGUGUGUAAGAGUGUGUGUGUGUAAGAGUGUGUGUGUGUAAGAGUGUGUGUGUGUAAAAGAGUGUGUGUGUGUGUAAAAGAGUGUGUGUGUGUGUAAGAGUGUGUGUGUGUAAGAGUGUGUGUGUGUGUGUAAGAGUGUGUGUGUGUGUGUGUAAGAGUGUGUGUGUGUGUGUAAGAGUGUGUGUGUGUGUGUAAGAGUGUGUGUGUGUGUGUGUGUGUGUGUGUGUGUGUGUGUGUGUGUGUGUAAGAGUGUGUGUGUGUGUAAGAGUGUGUGUGUGUGUGUGUGUAAGAGUGUGUGUGUGUAAGUGAGUGAGUGUGUGUGUGUGUGUAAGAGUGUGUGUGUGUGUGUGUAAGAGUGUGUGUGUGUGUAAGAGUGUGUGUGUGUGUAAGUGUGUGUGUGUGUGUGUGUGUAAGAGUGUGUGUGUAAGAGUGUGUGUGUAAGAGUGUGUGUGUAAGAGUGUGUGUGUAAGAGUGUGUGUGUAAGAGUGUGUGUGUAAGAGUGUGUGUGUAAGAGUGUGUGUGUAAGAGUGUGUGUGUGUGUGUGUGUGUAAAAGAGUGUGUGUGUGUGUGUGUGUGUGUGUGUGUGUGUGUGUGUGUGUGUGUGUGUGUGUAAGAGUGUGUGUGUGUGUGUAAGAGUGUGUGUGUGUGUAAGAGUGUGUGUGAGUGAGUGAGUAAGAGUGAGUGUGUGUGUGUGUGUGUAUGUGUGUGUGUGUGUGUGUGUGUGUGUAAGAGUGAGUGAGUGUGUGUGUGUGUGUGUGUGUGUGUGUGUGUAAGAGUGUGUGUGUGUGUGUGAGUGAGUGAGUAAGAGUGAGUGUGUGUGUGUGUGUGUAUGUGUGUGUGUGUGUGUGUGUGUGUGUAAGAGUGAGUGAGUGUGUGUGUGUGUGUGUGUGUGUGUGUGUAAGAGUGUGUGUGUGUGUGUGUGUAAGAGUGUGUGUGAUUUAGAGUACAUGUCUCUUGUUGACCAUAUCACAGUUUGCAUUCCUCAGGGACACGGCGGCUCUACACACAUGGUGAUCUUUUCGGACCUUGUACUGUGUUUAAUUCCCUUCUGCUCAGAUAUUUCUCCUCUAGUUUGUUGCGGUCCGGCGUCGGCACUGUGAACGAGAGCGUACAGGUUUCCUUUCGAAGUGCUCGUUUACCAUUUUCACCUGAAACUGCACUUGUAUAUAUGCUUUGUAAAUGUGUAUGAAAAUAAAAAAAAUUUAAUCUCAUUUAGUUUCAAUUUAUUGCACUCAUGCAUAUAAGUGCAUAGACUUUUUAUAAUGUUCCCCAUUAUGGCUUGUCUUUAACGUCUUUAGAAUUCGUUUAUAAGGCAGUGUUUUUUUUUUCUAAUCUGAUUAUUAGAGCUUUAUAGUUUUUUGUUGUUUUUGUUCCGCUGGAUUCAUGAAGUCUCUCACUGAUGCCUUGGGCCUGAAGCAUUGGAAGACUUGGGUCGUGUUUGUCAGUACUUUUUUUUGGUGGGAAAGUUAGUAGCUAAAAUACAACCCUGUGUGAUCUAAUGUUUUGAUAUUUUAUUUGGGGGUGUAGAUAUAAGGUUAAUACCUGUUGACCAGUCUGUCGGUGAACUGUGUGGUUUUAAUUUUUUAUUGAACAUUUUAAUUUGUUUGAACUUCUUGGGUGUUACAGACUGAAUGCCUUACUCAAUAAAGCUGCUGGCUGAAAAGUCAAA